CCUGGCCACUGGCGACCGCUUGGAUCGAUCCAUCGGCCAUCCAUGGCCAUGCAGCCGGCUUCCGCUGCCGCUUCGGCGGCGCCGCCCUGCGCGCCGGGCAGCGAGUUCGAGCUGCACUUCAUCGGGGAGCUGGAGUUCGGCUUCGACUUCCCAGGAGUGUCCGAGGAGGGCCUCUUCGUGGACUUUGCGGCGGAGGCGGGCGCGGACUGGCUGCCCAUCGCGCGGAAGGAGGGCUUCGUGGGGCAGACGCAGACGUGCUAUGCGGACGCCGGCGGGGUGUACGUCUUCAACCACCCCGUGGACUUCCACUUCAUCGCAGACUCGGUGGCCGGGUGGCCGCACCUCCACCUGCAGGUCUUCAAAUUGGACGCCGCCGGCCGGAUCGAGACCCUGUGCUACGGCUCGGUUUGUUUGCCCAGCGCGCCGGGCCACGCGGAGCUCACCUGCCGCACCUGGCGGCCGCUGGCGCGGUCCGUGAUGGAGGAGGCGCGGGCCGUGACCGGCGUCCUGGGCAGCGACCCGGGGGCGCUCAGCGCCUCACGGGCGGAGGUGCUGGAUGCCAAGACCGAGGCGCGGGCCAAGAUGGCCACCAAGACCUCCGGGAGCAUCCGAGUGUCCUUAGACACUAUCUUCCGCAAUGCCUCCAAGCAUCAGAUCCUGACGAGGUAAGGGCUUGCUGCGAUCCUUGCAGGGUUGUCCUUUUAAGACAUUG